AUGGCCGCUUUAAAUGGCAAGGGAAAAAAGGGGAGCUUCCACUGCUGGUUGCGACCUAAGAUUGGUCCAACCGUUACCGGCCAAUACGUUGAUUUCCUCGUACCGACAGGUCUUGAGAGCAGCGUGAUCCCUGCGCCGCACGUCUGCCAUCUCCCGGCCCACGUAUUGAGAAUUACGACGGCCACUGGUAAGAAAAGGUGCGUGCACAUGGCAGCUAGCGGUCUAAUUGGUGGCGGCAAGCAGCCCCACCAGGCUUUGUGA